AUGGUCAUCCUGGACACAAGCAAGCUUGCGAUAAGCAUUGAGGUUAGGGAUCACUGGCACCACCAGCAUCCAGAAGCAAUCCAAAUCAUCGAUGUGACUGCCAGGCAUCCCCAGCAAGGACAACUUGGAGCUAUUGCUUCACUGACGGCGUGGCGGCUCGUCCGCGCUCACAUUCGCGACGAUUUUUUGCACAUACUUGACGCAGACCACCAGGAACUCGCCAACGUCUUCGACAAAUACGGGCAAGUCCGGCCGCACAUAAUCGAGCCAGUGUACUACAAUGGAAGCGGGUGCUGGGGGAAGGAGUUGAAUAAGGGAAGCCUGUUCUACGUCUUUGGGGUGUCUGUGGAGAAGAGGUUUCGUGGUCAAGGGAUCGGCUCAUGGUUUCUCGACAAAUUUCUUCAUUCCGACCAAGUUCAGCAACUAGACGUUGUGACCUGCUGGCCGGCGCCCAUGAAUCGACACGGUGCACUGUGGGAGGCGACGAGGGACCGCCAGCUUGCAUUCUUUCGCAAGAAUCACUUCCGUCGAAUCGGACGCACCAGCCUUUUUGGAUACUCAUCUAACGAAGUCCAUCCCUCUCGCCGCAUUGCUGUCGCACAAGAUGUUGAGCAACUUGGUGCCGACUUCAAAGCUCCCGACAAUCCCAAACUCGAGUUUCCUCUACAUACCGCCAUUUACCUUGAUACAACUUCCCAAGUGAUCGACACAAUUCAACAGCACUACAAUCGAGAUCCCUCCAGCAUCCACGUCUCUGACUGGGUCGGCGCGACUCCCCUCCAUAUUGCGGCCGCAAAACCGAAUGUGUUCGCCUUGCGCAAGCUUCUGAGCUGGGACAUGAGUGCAGACCUCGUGAAUACGAAGAAUGCCGAGGGUGAGACCCCUUUGGGAACAUUGCGGGCCCAUAUGAAUGCGGCUCGCAUGGUUGCGGACGCCAAUUUGUCGCUCGACUGGCAAGGAUACCCGGAAGACGCGCUCGAAGCAGAGUUCUUGCUCAAACGGAGUAUGGGAAUACCGGUCCCCAGCACGUUUCAACAAUAUAUCGGGAAUAACCGAUAUGGCUGUACUUGUGGUCAUUGUGGAGGCGGCUGGUUUUCUCCUCGCAUGCGCUUUCAACUUACGAGUGCGUGCGACCAUCACUGGGCCAGAUUCAUGGGCCUGAUAGUAGAAAUUUUGGACAAGGAGGUGUUCGAGUCGAAACAAGUUACCGAACUCGAAGACUUUCUGGACCCGUGUUGCCGCUACAUCCCACCUGUCUUUAAGUCCAGCUUCUUCAAAACAUUCUAUGAAGGCUAUUGCUCCGUGUUCUGCCUCGUGUGGCAAAGUCUCACCGCACCGGACGCAGUCCUUUCAUGGGACUCUGUCCGCCAUCAAUCUGACUUCCCUGGCGCCCCCAACCGCAUGGGCACGAACUUCUACUUCCGCAAGGGCGGCCUUGUCGCGUAUGUCUUUGACGCCAUAACGGACCGUGCCUAUGAAGUGUCAGCCCUGCGCAACGGCGAACACGACGAAAAACAUAAAGACAACGUGCGAUGGACUGCCCUCCCCACAUGUGCCAAUGAUCUCGACUUCCGGCUUGUUCGUUCGAUGCUAGGCUUGUCUCGUGGGGCGAAAUGGGGGCCGUAUACCAGAUCUGACUUUGAAGCACUUGGAUACUGA